UUUUCAGUGUCGAGACAUGACUGUCCAAAAAUCCCGUGUGACAUGCCAGGACGAAGCAAAAGAAGCAUACAUCCCGCCCUUGCAAGCCGCCUUCAAGCCUGCCCUGAGCCCAGGUAUCAAAAUAUUGAAAAAGUGCUGCAAGUGGAGCAAGAUCCUGCGUAUGUCAAACCAAUCGCUGCAGAUAUUUAUUACAACUGUGGGAGUUUCUUAAGGCAAUCCAGUGGUGACGAUACCUACUCUUAUCAAAAUGUGGCUGGCCCAUCGAGAAGCAGUGGGCUUGUCUUGGCAGAUGUGGACGUCUACGAAAACAGCACGACGAUCCAGAUAUGGAAGCACUCGCAGAUCGCAGACUCUGACGACGAUGAAUCAGAUUACAUCAAUUCAGAUCCAAACUGCAGGUUUCCUGCCUAAGAGCUGGCGGAAAGAGCUUCGGCAGUCGUUCAUUCUACAGUCCAGGGGGCCUGGCCACUUGCAGCUAGUUCCUACCUUGCAGUUCAACUCCAAGCAAAUGCAGUGAUGUGCACCUCACCAGGGCAGGCUGCUACUCUCCAAAAAGAGUCAACUGGAAAGUGUG